GAAUAACCCUAUGACGGCUCUCCCACCAUUGUCUGCUGCAUACAUCCUCUCAUUCCAGUUUUCUUCUUGGUAUCCUCGAUUUUCUUCGAAAACCAUCAAAUCUACGAUCAUAAGGCGACUCCCUCCAGACUUUGUAGAAUAUCUUGACUCGGACGGUGUCAUAGUUCCAGAGGGGUCAGAAAAUCUUGAAAGUACCACUGUCGUAGAAGAUGAAUCGGACGACGAGGCCGGAGAACCAGAAAAACGGUACUCAUUUCCCGACUUGGACGCAGAGAUCAGACAAUGCAUCGCAGAAUACGGCGCUGUAUUCCCAAAGCUGAACUUUUCGUCUCCCAAGGACGCAUCUUGGAUACUUCCAGCAGGGUCGCCCUUGAAAUGCACGUCACCAUCAGAUAUUUAUCUUCUGCUUAAAUCCUCAGACUCUACGAACCAUGAUCUAAGCAAAGAUCACGUCUUUGAGGGCUGCGAGAGACAUCCAGAGUCUUACGGCCUAGAACUUGUCCUCAGAAAAUGGUAUUCCAUCGACCGAAGUCGGGAAUGCAGAUGUUUUGUUCGCAAAAACAGUCUUAUAGGCAUCUCGCAGCGUGACUUAAACUAUUACGACUUCUGGAAUGACUCAACGACCCAGAAAAAGAUCACAAAGGUCAUCAAGGAAUUCUGGGAGACAGAAGUCCAGCCGAAAUGGGAUCUUUGUGAGGACUACGUCUUCGAUUUCCUUCUCACCCGAGACCUUUCGCGCGGACAUAUAAUUGACUUCAGCCCCUACGCAGUACGUACAGACCCCCUUCUUUUCUCUUACGAAGAAUUAUGGGAUGUGUAUACAUCUGGGGGGCACCCGGUAUUGCGUGUUAUCGACUCACGCGCACAUCCGGCCGCGAAUACGAAUGCACCCAUCCAUCAACACAACAUGAUACCGUUUGAGGCAUUCAGCCUGAGCAGCGGAAGGGACAUCGACGAAUUCUCCCAAGUAUGGCAGGAGGAGCUCAACAAAAGUAUGCAAGACCAGGAAUAGUUCUCAUGACAUCUUACUGUCCAAUAUAUAAUGAACCAUAACAUAGACAAUUCAUUGAC